AUGAAAAAUAGGGGAAGUGUAUGCAAACGUGUUCUGUCAGUGCUCUGUCCUGAAGAUGUAACUGUAUAUGUCAACGUGUCACAUCCCUGUCUUAUCUUGUGUCUGUGGCUUCAGGUUUUUGCCAUAUUUGCCUUCGCUACAACUGGAGGUUACUCCGGCUCCACCCAUGUUAACAUCCAGUGCCAUGGCACAGCCGCCACAGAAAUACAAGCAGCCUUUGCGUACCCAUUUAGGUUGAUGGCGCAUCCCUAUGAGGUACCUGACUGUGUGAUCAAUAAGACUACCACCUCUAAGUUCUACCUGACUGGAAACCAUUCAUCCUCGGCUGAGUUUUACGUCUGUAUUGGAGUGUUUGCCUUCCUCUACAGCACAGCAACUCUUGUCAUUUACCUGGGUUACCAGCACGUGUAUAGAGGAUCCAACCGUGGCCCAGUCGUGGAUCUGCUGGUGACUGCGACCUUUGCCUUUCUGUGGUUGGUGUCAUCCUCUGCUUGGGCUAAAGGCUUGACUGAUGUGAAGUGGGCCACCAGUCCUACAACCAUUGUGUCUCUUCUUGCUGUUUGUAAGGAUAGUGCCAACAAAUGCACCCCAGGUGCUAUGCCUCACAUGGGCCGACUCAAAUCAGUGAUCUUAUGCUGUGGUCCCUUGGGGCAAGUUGAGACAUGA